GCUUUGGGUUUGUCCAUGUGUCAUUUCAUUGCCUGAUUCUGAAUCCAAACCCAAGGGAGACAGGUCUAGUUCUGUGUUCUUAAGCAGAUUUGUUCUGUUAAACGUGAGGGAAAUUUAUGUCUGCUUUUAAUGCAAUCUGGGUCAUUGAAAAGUCUGAACAUUUCUUUCAGCUGUGUGAAGCAUGAAUUUCAUAUUCCUUCUCUCUGCACAUGGACCUAACUGCAGUAGCCAAGCGUUGCGAUCUUGGGGACAAGAGUACAAGUGAUGUCAUUUUACGUUUGAGAAAUGGUGAAGGAAGACCUGAAUGGUUCUACUCACACUCCUCCAUUCUCAUAAGUAAAAGCAGGUUCUUUGCGGAUCAGCUCUCUAAUCCAGACACUGGCCGCUGCAUUGAAAUUCACUGCUCAGACUAUACUUAUGAUCAUCAUGUUAACCUUUUGAGAUUACUAUAUCUCCCUACUGAUUUACUUUUGGACUCCCUGGACUCGGUUAAAUCUGCUAUUGGUAUUCUUCAGUUAGCAGUUGCCUUCCACUGUGAAGGCAUCACAAACUGCUGCAUCCGGUACUUGGAGGCUAUUCCUUGGGAGGAUAAGGAAGAGGAACAAAUUAUAAAAGCAGUCUUGAAACUGGGGCCAAUAGCCAUGCCCAUAUUGGCGAGGAUCCAACCAGUAGAUUUGAGUGCUACCAAAAAUGUAUUUGUUUCAGCAGUUCGCUUUGCCACAUCAAUUGGUGGAUCCUGUCCACCCUUUGGAGAUGAGCUUAAAGCAUCUACGCAAGAACAAGUGGAAUUCAUGCUUGGAGGGGAUGAAGACACCCCAUUAGUUACAGCUGAUGAUGAAGUAAAAUCAGUGGUAAAAAUGGGUCUGUCCCAAGUUUGUUCAUCAUUUGAAAAGGAAUUGUCUUCCUUGCUUGUUGUUUCAGACAUCACUACUGAGACUGCAGAGACUAGAAUUUUGCAGAGCCUAUCCGAUGUUGAGUGGAUGUGUAACAUACUCCCCAAGAUGGAUUUAAUGAAGGACUUUGUUUCUAGUUGGGCUGAAAUGUCUGCUAAGGUUUUGGGGGUAGUCGAAGACAAGAAACUUGAUAAUGUCAUGUGGGGUCUGAAGGUGAAGCUUAUAGAAGUAACUGGGAAAGUGCUAGAGGCAGUUGGAUAUGGAAAUGUGAUUCUCUCUGCAACAUCUCGGGUGCAAUUGCUAAAGACAUGGCUACCGUAUAUAAGGAAGAUAAAACCUCUCCUAGAUGAAAAGGGGAACAAGGAGACAGAUUUUCCUUACAAGAUGGAUGAAGACUUGUGCCAGAGUAUUGAGGGGGCACUUGUAUCAUUAGUGUUAGCAUUACCGUCAAAUGAUCAAGCUGAUAUUCUGUCAGACUGGAUGAAAACAGAACAGGUUAAGUAUCCUGACUUGAGCGAGGCAUUCGAGGUAUGGUGUUACAGAACCAAGUCAGCAAAGAGAAGAUUGAUGGAGGGCUUGGAUAGAGUUGGCAAUACCGCCAUUAGCCUUUGAUUUGUUCUCUAAUGUUAAGUUCCAUGAUUAAAUGAAUCUAUGGUGGCAAUCCCCAUUCAUGUAAUUUUGACUCGAUUAACGCUCUACAUGAUCCUUUCACCUCUUUUUUCCUUCAUUUCCAUGAAGUUUCCAGGCACUCGCUCAGGUGAUACUCCCCAUGCACAUACUUUAAUGCUAAUUGGAUUUCCGGUUUCAUCCUUGUAGUUGUUGUCCAAGAAUGAACUGUUGUUAAACAUACUUUUGAAUCUGAAGUUUUUUGAAUUGGAUUGUAAUCCUGGAGUGUAAUAAACCCUACAGACAAACAGUAUAUGAAGUCAACUGUAAUUCUAUGUUUAGAUUUAGAAAUCAAGAUUGGGGUCAGCUGCUUUGUAGUAGUAAUUGACAUAUGACAUAUCUUUUAUGCCGGAAGAACAAGCUGCUAGAAGUUCAAACAGUAACAACCAAUUGUCCACCUGAAUCAUCCAACUCACCUUGUUCCCCCGCCGGUGGUCAGACAUUGAAUGGUUGGUAACGACUUUUUUUUUUUUUUUUUUCGCAACAAACACUGAAGCCCAUAUCUCUUUUUAUAAAAUCAAGGAAAAGGGCGGAAAUUUCCUCAUCUCAUUUUCUUCAAUUUGUUUUUCGAUGGAAAUA